AUGCGUGUCGAACUUCAUCCUGUAUUUAAUGUACAUAUCGUUCUCGAGGAUUUACGCAACAUCGAUCUCGCAACAAGAGGAUAUUAUCAGGUUCGUCUCGUUCCGAAGUCUUCACAAUUAUUCUCAUCUGUAGAUAUUCAAUAUGUGGAAUGCAGCAGUGGUAGUUUUGGUUCAGGUGUCCUACCACCUACUAUUCUUGAUGGUACUGGAAUAUCUCGAUCAGUCGAGCUCACUUACAUUGAUGAAACCUUGUCAAUAGGUGAUUCAUUUGUCAUUUCUUUGCAUGUUGGUCCACACAUAAACCUGACUUCGCCAUACCAUCUCGCUGUUGAUAUUGAGUUAUGGUCAAUGGACCGUCACAGACCUCCGAAUCUCUCCUUAUUUGAGCUAGAGAGCAAGCGAACACUAGAAAUAUCCCUUUCUCCCGCGAACCUUAUGGCUGCUUCCCGAAUUCUGUUCUUUGAGCACUCAGCAUACGCCGCUCUUACACUUACAGCUUAUUCAUCGCUGGUCUCCGUAUUACCGCGCAGAAGAAGGCAACCGCCUGAUCCGUCGCUUGACACAAAGUCAAGGAACGUUCAUUUGUUGACGGGAAGCACCUUGCUGCAUGCCAUGAAUUCCAUACAGCGAUUCGUGACGAGGAACCAGCCAAAGAUGAUGGCAUCUGUCCAUACUGAUGUAUGCGAUGUUGCAGCGGAAAUGGAAUCAUUGAAAAGCCGCCUCGACUCGGCAGUCAACCCGUGGGAUGAGGUGGAGAAUACGGCCGUAGUUUUAAGCGCCCGUCUUUCACUUUUGUACAGUCAACUUGUUCGACUAUGUGUAGGAUCUCCCGCAAUUUCUUCUGCGCUGUUGCAAGAACACAGGAAGUUCCGCGACAAGCUGCUGUCUGAGCUUUUCUUCUUCAUGGAAAGUUCGCCAUUCGAACUUUCCAAAAAUAAUUUUGUUUCGAAGAGCAAGUAUCUCGAGAAGCUACCUCGAUUUCCAAUCUUCUGCCGUGAACUGGACUGCAGUUUAGAUAACUGGUGUCUCAUUGUCGAGGAGCGGUUUCUCAUGGACCAUCCUAGCACUUCCGGUGGAAAUGGAAUGUGUGACAAGAAGGUUCCACUAGCAAAUGCUGGAGGCGCAGGCGAUGGUUUUAACGCUGAUCAUCGCUUGUCUCUGCCACGAGGAACUGGUUCUCGGUUUCCAGGUCUGCGAAGAAAAACCUCCAAUGGGCGACCGCACUCAUUACAUCACACGGACUUUAACAAAAUCCUGCCACUAUAUCCCGAAGUCAGUCCAGAAUCGUUAGCACCUUCUGAGCAAGAUCUCACUUCAGCUGUGGAUUUUGUGAUCGAACGCGAACAUUUGAAAGCAACCCUGUUGGAGCAAAGACUUUUUGAUGGUUAUUUAUACAGUGAGCAGGCCUCUCCUUGGCAAUACGCACCUUCCAGUAGGCCGCCCACGCAUUUAGUUGUGUUUGUACACGGACUGGAAGGAACCUGUGAUGAUCUUUCAUCAUACAGAAACAUUUUUCGGGUUGUGACUGAUAGUGUCCCUGGAUUCUAUUAUCUACUUAGUGCUUCAAACCAUUUCAAAACGUGGUCUAAUUUCGAUGAAAUGGCGGACAAUCUUCUAUCAGAAGUGCACUCUUACCUCUUCAUUGCUCAUUCGCUUGGAGGAGUUAUUGUGAGGACGGCAAUCACUCGAGAGGACGCAUCAGAUUGGCUCGUCCCUCGGUUACAUUGCCUAUUAACAAUCAACACUCCACAUCUCGGUCUGGCUUAUGUUGGAAGAGGCGUCAACCUAGGAAUACAGGUCAUGCAAUGGUGGAAGAAAUCCCGAUCCAUGGAGCAGUUGUCAUUGAAGGAUGAAGUCUCAUUUUCCGACUCGUUUCUCUACCGACUGUCUAAGAAGAGUACGUUCGGCCUCUUUCGAUACGUGCUGCUCAUUGGAACGCCAGCUGAUGUGUUUGUGCCUUGUCAUUCUGCUCUCCUGUCCCCAUGCAAAUCGGCUGCUAAGGACCCGUCUGCACUAGGCACUACCUACAGGUUCGUCUCUGUUGAAUCUCUUUCUGCACAAAGGAGCAAACACAAGCAGAUGCGGGACUUUUUGAGGAUUUGGUGUGAAUGCGUAUUGAUCUGGCUGAAAAUCUAA